AUGUUAAUCAGACUACGAUUGCGAAACUUAAGAGGCUCAAAGUGUUUCUAUUGUGUAUCACAAGAAAGGCCUAGUUUUUCAGACAUGAAGAUGUCCAAAAAGCCAGGAAACUCAUUUUCUAAAAAGGGGAAUAUUGAUGAACAUAAAGUAAUGAAUACUCCUAGUACUUAUGUAGCAGAUAAGUCAUUAAGCUUGUUUGAGAAGUACAAGACUGAUCCAAAGGACGAAACUGCCUUGGUAGAUCUCACUUUAGCCAAGAAGACCCAGCUGACCCAUGAUUCAUAUGUGUUUAAACUGGAUUUCCCAGAAGGCAAUGAGAAUAUGGUCAUGGGGACUGACAUUGCAAGAGUUAUCAGGUUCUGAAAGGUCCUACCUACUAAGGAAGAUCCUCAAGGAACAAUGGUAAUGAGGUAUUACACCGUGUCCUCGCCAGUUGAUAUGAAGGGGUCAGUCGAAGUCCCGAUUAAAGUUUAUCGAGCAAAUGAAGAUCCUAAAUAUCCUGAUGGAGGAAUCAUGACCUCUUAUCUAGAUAAAAUGAAGAUAGGUCAGAGGAUUAAAGUUCUUGGUCCGAUUGAGAGACUCCAAUAUUAUGGAAAUGGGCUAGUCAGAACUGGUGAAAAGGGGCCUUAUGAUAUUGUAAAGAAGAAUCACAUGAUAUUUGUAGCAGCAGGGAGCGGAAUUACUCCUUACUACAGAAUACUCAAAGAUGCUUUGGAGCACAAUGAUCCAACAAAAUUCACCUUAAUCUACAGUAACAAGACUGAGGAUGACAUUAUGUUUGAAAAAGAACUAGAGGAGCUUGCUCUAUUAUAUCCUCAUAAAUUCACGUACAAGAAAGCCAUUACAUAUCCAAUCAACUUUGAGGAGCUAGAGGAGGAUACUCAUAUUGGGAAGCUGACUCCAGAAUAUCUACUAGAGCACCUUCCAGAGCCUAGUGAGGAUAUAUUAGUGACUAAUAUGGGUCCUAAUAACUUCAAUAAGUUCUUUGCCGAAUUUAUCGUCAAGCAUACCUCUUAUGACCCAAUCACUCAGAUCUUCUCAAGAGAUGUUGAUUCAUUAAUAUUUUAA